AUGAAGACUACAACCUGCUCCCUGCUCAUCAUCAUCUCCUUUCUUCAACUGAUGGUCCCAGUGAAUACCGAGGAGACCUUAGACUCUGUCAUGAAGAAGCUCAAGGAAGCUCGCAGUCUAGAGCGUCCUCCCUCUGCUAUGACUAAGAGUCUCUCCUGCACUACUAUCAAUGCUUCAGGUACACUGGCUUCCUGUCCACCAGGAAUGAUUGCUACUGGUUGUUCAUGUGGCUUUGCUUGUGGAUCUUGGAAUGUCCAGAAUGAAAACAUUUGCCACUGUCUGUGUCCAAUCGUAGACUGGACCAUUGCCCGCUGCUGCCAACUGAGGAUAUGA